AUGGGUCAUGGACUUCCUAAUUCUGUUCUUAGAUGGACCUCUCAGGUUGUUGAAGCUUUGAAAGGAAACCUUAUGCUAAAGUUCUUGGGAAAAGUAGUGAUGAUUGGGUGGCAGAUCUGGAAGUCGAGAAACGAUUUCGUUUUCAAUAGUAAUCCUGUUGAUCCGGAGACGACUAUGCGAAGAGCAAUAGAGGCUCUUUGUGAAAUCUCGGGUCUUAGGAUCCCUUCAUUGAUCCACAUGGACAACCCAACAGCUGAGGAUGCUUCUUCCCACUGGAGGGCUCCGGAUCAAGGUGGCCUAAAGAUAAACUGUGAUGUGGCGAUCAAGAGAAACGGUAGAGACGCGAAGUGUGCUGCAAUUAUCAGAGACAGUAGAGGAGCAAUUGUCGAUGGCAGAGUGAUUGAUGCUAAGAUCGUCUCUUCGCUUCACGAGGAGCUUGUAGCUGUUCGUAGUGCAUGUGGGAUGGUCAAAACUAUGGGUCUGCGUGGAGUUACCAUUGAAUCAGACAACCAAAAAGCCAUCAAAUUGAGUGUUUCUGAGCUUGUACCCCCGUGGGAAGUAAUGGCAGUGGUUUGGGAUAUCCGGAAGCUCUGCCAAGAGGAAGGGAUUAGCUGUGCUUGGAGCAUACGAGAGGCGAAUGGGUUGGCCCAUGAAGUAGCUUCUGAAGCUCUUAGGGGUGUGCUGCCCGUUAAUUGGGUGUCUUCCCCAUCCUCCUGUUUAGUUUCUAUUGUAACCAGGGAUAGUUCUUUUUCUCUGUAA